AUGGCAGAUCGCAUCACUAUCGGCGCUUCCGCUGCGGUUCGGAGCUUGUGUGACGAGAGACAGGGCAUUUCAGAGUACUUGGAGGAGCAGUAUCCGGAUGCCGUGUCCCCGGAGAAGGUGCUCGUGCUUCCGUUGCGUCUGAGCGGUUGGGUGUGGCGUAAAGAAGGACCAAUGAUCUUUCGUCGCUAUCGUCGUCGUUUCUAUGUGUUUGAAGCGCAGCAGACGGCGCUUUUUGUCUUUUCUGACGAGAACAUUGAGACGAGAAAGCUUUUGCAGCAUUUGGUGCUCACGAGAGCGACGCUUUUGAGUCGGGACGAUCGAGUAUUCGAUGUGAUGGGGUAUGUGGGCCACCAGGAGGUACUGAAGGAGACGGCUGAGUCAGGGGCGAGACGAGCCGAGGGUGUACAGGGACAGGUGCUACGUGGCAGCAGGCAAGCAAAAAUCAAGCUCGAAGAGGAGAGAUUCAAGGCGGUGUCGGCGAAAGCUUGUUGUGUCUGGACACACUGUUUUAAGCAUCGAAUGAAGAGCUACGAUGUGCGUAGGCAGGAGACGGACCACGAAACGAGGAAGAAGGAAGGUACUGACGGGACUACUGCUAUUGACGUGAUGCUAGCUGAUAAAGGCAACAAUGGGGAGAUGAAGAUUGGCCCCAGAUUUGUGUUUGAAGACGCUACGAAGAACACAAGACGUCGUUUACUACCUCAAUGCAACUUUUGGGGAUCUAACGGCUGUGGAUUGUUUGUGCACUCGAAAUCAAGUAGUAGAAGCAGAGACAAAGUGGCGGUCAAGACAAUAGACUCCGUGGAACGAAAGGCUAGUGAGGCGUCCAAAUCGGGCCCCUCUCGAGUCCAGUUUGACCAGAGUACUGGAUCGAUAUUUGGCCAAAGCACAAUUGAAGCGGGUAAGAAGUCGCCAACGAGAGCAACAACGGAAUCUUCGCCACAACGGAAUGGAAAGACAGUCGGCACGCAUUCUCCUACGUUGCCAUUGGAGCUUUCAUGUAUAAUGUCCGAAUGGGAAAGCGAAGAGCUUUUCUCACAUCGUAUGGAUUUCGAUGCAAUCGUUCUUCGGAACAUGCUAGCUGCUGGCGCAUGCGGUGAAGUUUGGCACGCGCUAUACCGCUCGCAAGAGAUUGUCGUGAAAAAAUUGCCGAACGCAGUCAUGAUGGGUGCCAAAUUUUCGGCAUUGUCUACCGGAGAUGAGGUCAAUACUGUCUGCCGCCAAGGUCAAGCUAUUCUAGAUUUUGUUCAAGAAAUACGAAUAAUGUCACGGCUAGAGCACAACCGCAUUGUCGAGUUUCGCGGAGUAGCCAUGGGCCCAGGAAACGAUUUACGUCUGAUUAUGGAGUUCUUGCCACGGGGCGACCUUCGAGUGUUCCUUCAUGCCGUCAAACGCAAGGAAAAAAAUGCUCUAAGGAAAAAUGAUGAUUGUGAACAGUUUCAAAGCAUCUGGACGUGGACGAAACAACAGUGGCGUCUGGCCAUUGACAUCAUUGAAGGGCUCGUGUACCUUCAUUCGUUGAAUCCACCUUUAGUGCACGGCGACUUGAAAUCGGCCAACGUUCUGUUGCGCAGCGAUCUCCGUGCCAAGCUGACUGACUUUGGUCUCUCGCGAUACCUCGUAUCCAAUGAAGGUGAAUACUUGAAGCAAGGAAGAAGGAACGACGGUACUGUCGACAUGUCUGGAGAUGGAUCUCGAGCUUGCGGUACGGGACGUUGGAUGGCUCCCGAGUUGAUAAAAUGUGCGGCGCAAACUUCGAUAGACUCGGACGUGUACGCUUUUGGCAUUGUGCUAUCUGAGAUCGACACGUGCGAGUUGCCGUUUCAUGAUCGGGAGAAGCCCGUGGCGUAUCCUUUUUGUCCUUUGAGAAGCAGCGCACGCCAAAGCAGCCACAAGGACGUUGCUUGCUCACUGAACGAGAGCCAUAUAGUGCACAAGAUCGUGGGUGAAGGAUGGAAGCCUACAUUUCGCGUGACGUGUCCGGAAAGUAUCAAGAAGCUUGCGCAGGAGUGUCUAUCACCAGACCCGAAGAAGCGUCCUACGUCGCUCGCGGUCGCUCAUCGACUACGCAAAGCUGCAGGUCAGCGCGAACGACCCGAAGUUCUCGCUGCACAGGCUAAAGCCGCCACUUUGCUCCACAUUCGCUAA